AUUAAUUACUUUGUGUUAUUGUUUAUGUUUUGGGGGCGUAUACUGUAAUCUAAUAAUCAAAGCUGUUGUUAAAUCAUAAUCAUAAAAAAUGGGCGAAGAAACAAAUAGUAACGUUAAAGAAAUUAGAGAACUAUACUCCAUGUUCCAUCAGGAAUACAUAAUUAUGGCAGAAUAUCGUAUGCUGCAGACUGAAAAUUUGGAAGGGAUUUAUGUUAUACCGUCAUAUGAAAACUCAUUUCAGUGGUUUGGUGUAGUUUUUGUGAGAGCAGGGUUUUAUGAAGGUGGAGUGUUUAGAUUCACCCUUACAUUACCUGAUAAAUUUCCCAAUGAAGAAGUCCCUGUUUUAGCAUUUACUUCACAUUUAUACCAUCCUGCAGUUGAUGCUAACACAGGCAUUCUUAAUCUGAGCCAAGUUUUCCCUGAAUGGGACAGAAAAAGGAACCAUAUAUGGCACAUCUUGAAAUAUCUACACCUAAUAUUUCAUAAUUUGAACAUGAAAACACCCACUAAUGUAGAAGCUUCAGUAGCGUAUAAAACAAACAGAAAGAUUUUCACUGAAAAAGUAAAAGAGUGUGUAGUUGCCAGCAUUGACCAUGUUUAUGAUGAACCACCAACUGAAGACAAGCACUACAUAACAUUUAAACCCUACGACUCAAAAAUCCAUGACUCUGCAAGACAUCAAAUGCUGAAACCAUCCACACCUGAUGAAGGCAUGAAUCAGGGCAUGUCAUGGGUGCAACCAGGAUCUUACCAGCCAUUCUCCAAGGAGGAAACCACAUAAGCUAUUAUAAUCAGUCAUAUUAAUGCAGAUUAUUAUACAGCCAUAUCGACCACCUGUGAUAAAGAAGCAAUUACAUAUUAAUAGCCACCAAUUGAUAUCAAAUAUUUCUCCAGAGGUAAUAAUUAAAACAAAUGUGUUACAAGUAUUAUCAAAGUUUAUCCAGAUAUCACAGGGACACAGCAGCAAGCAAGACUAAUAAAACAUCACUAAAGACCAUUGUGUGUUUGAUAAAGUUUAUUAGCACAGGAGCUGUGACUAUUUUACAGUAUUUAAUAAUAUUUGUUAUGAUUCUUAAGUUUAAGAGAACUAGUUAACAUUUUGUACAAGUAAUUCUAAUAUCAAUAACAAUAUAUUUAUUUAGCUAAUCGG